CCGCGCAUCGUCAUUUCUUCCUCGCUUCUGGCAUAUAAAUACAUUUUCUCUACUCUAUUCUCUCUCCCAAUCCUCUCGAAAUAUCUUCUUUACUUUCUCUGUGUAGAUCUUUUUCCUGUUCAUGGCGACUAGUUUUGCUCCUGUUUCAAUCUCAGGUGGUUCUCAAUUGAAGGCACAUGAACUUUGGACCUCAAGGUCCAAUUCAUUAGCAAAAACAUCGAAACUGAUAGUUCAAAGGAAGUCAAACCAGGUGGGAAAUCGCAAGUUGGCUGUUCGUGCAGAAUACAAUGAUGGUAGUAGGGGUGGCGGCAGUGAUUUUGUUGCUGGUUUCUUUUUAGGAGGUGCCAUAUUUGGAACUUUAGCUUAUAUUUUUGCUCCUCAGAUUAGAAGAUCCCUGCUAAAUGAAGAUGAGUAUGGGUUUCGGAGGGCCAAGCGACCAAUAUACUAUGAUGAAGGUUUUGAGAAGACUAGGGAGACCUUGAAUGCAAAAAUAAGCCAACUGAAUUCUGCUAUUGACAAUGUAUCCUCACGUUUGAGAGGUGGCAAUAACUCACCUGCUGUGCCUGUCGAAACUGAUUCUGAGGUAGAAGCUACCAUGUGAGAUUAGUUUAUGUUUCUUCAUCAUGAUCUCUGAGAUUGCAAGCCAUUUGAAAAACAGAUAUGUAACUCUAUUGCCACUGUGCAUAUCGGAGGAUUAGCUUUUUUCUUUGUUUAAACCAGAAUGCAAAGUGUUAUAGUUAGCAUUAUUGCCGCAUACAACGCUGGCUUUUUCAUGUGCACUUGAGAAUUUGAGGAUUUAUAGUAGCUUCCAGCGGCUGUUCUGCCC